CCGAAACGAAGCGAGUGACGACGCAUUAAUCUGCCAGCGAGACAGGCAGACGGCAUGAAGCUUCUUCUUCUCCUGACUCUCUUUGGAGGGGCAGUUGCCCUCAAAGACGAUGACAAGAUCGUCGGAGGGUACGAGUGCCCAAAAAACUCUGUUCCUUACCAGGUGUCGCUCUUCACGGGGUACAACUACUGUGGUGGGAUUCUCCUGUCUGAGAACUGGGUGCUCUCUGCUGCACACUGCAGACCAAAGUCGAAUGUGGAGAUUCGGCUGGGAGAACACAACAUCUGGGAAACUGACGGGACUGAGCAGCACAUCAUGUCUGCCGAGUUCAUCCGCCACCCUGACUACGAUUCCCGUUCACAGGACAGCGACAUCAUGCUGAUCAGACUGAGCAGACCUGCUUCUCUGAACAGCUUUGUGAGUCCUGCGGUGCUUCCUUCAAAGUGUGCCAGUGACGGCACCAUGUGCCAGGUCUCUGGAUGGGGGAGCCUACGGGCCAGCGAUGAUGGCUCAAGGUACCCAGAUGUGCUGCAGUGCCUGGAAGUCCCUCUGCUGAGCGAUGACACCUGCUUUAAUGCAUAUCCUUUCCAAAUCACUGAAAACAUGAUCUGUGCCGGAUACCUGGAGGGAGGAAAGGACUCCUGUCAGGGUGACUCCGGGGGUCCCCUGGUGUGUGACGGUGAGCUCCAGGGAGUUGUGUCUUGGGGGCAUGGCUGCGCUCUGAGAAAGAAGCCCGGGGUGUAUACAAAAGUCUGCAAUUACGUCUCCUGGAUCAAGAGCACGAUGGCGUCUGGCUUGUGAGCGGAGAGAGAAAAAAAAUGAGAAUUCACAUCAGUAAAGUCAACUACAUGA